UCCCAGGCACACGCCCUAUGACAACGAAAAAAAGUUGGCUGGAGCGAGGAGUUAAAUCACGGAAAAGAUAUGUGUUGCUGCUUAAUCUUGCUCAAGACAGAAGAGGAGAGCAGCUGCUAGAGAAACACUUUAUUGCCUUUUGCUUUCCUGUCCUGACGAUAUGGAGGGAGCCAUUAAGACGAUAGUGACGACAUUUCUUAGUUCUACCAGAGGGAAGGAGAAUCUGGACAGCAAAGGCUUCCAGAAGUUGGUAACUAACCAUCUUGGCGGCAUCAUGGAGGAUACAAACAGCUCCUCUGCCAUUAGAGAGAUGCAGCAGGGACUGGAUGAUAACAAGGAUGGAAAGGUCAGCUUCCAGGAAUACCUCACUCUGAUUGGCUACUUGGCCAACUCCUACAGUGAGAGGGAAUGUAGUAAGAACAAGAGCGGAGCCAAUGCAGAGGCUCCAUAAACGCUUGCGAAGCUGCAGAGCUUGGUGGAUCAACAAAUUAACGGCCAUUUGUUUCCAUUAUAGUUUUCCAUAAUUACAAUUUUCAUACAAUUAAUCAAGCAGUUGUAUGAUGCUCUGAAGUUCACCUUACUGUCUGUCCAGAUCAACCUUUUGUGUUUUUCAUCGUAUUGAUCUUUACUGUCCAGGACACACUGAAGGACUCUGAGCUGAGAGUGUCUUUUUUUAUACCAACUACAUAAAGGAUACUUACUGUAUUUUCAAAAUAAAGGCUUUAUAUAAUAAAA